AUGAAUAAUAUAUCUGAAGAUGUUGACAAUUAUACUGUUUUGCACAGUACCUUAAAUACUUCUCCCAACUGUUCAAAUAUUCUAUUUGAUCAUGUGAUAAAGGUAUAUUUCCUACCUACGAUGUACAGUAUUAUCUUCAUAGUUGGAGUGCCGGGAAACAUAAUUGCAAUUUUUGUUUAUAUUACGAAGAUGAGACCAUGGAGAACUAGUAUCAUCAUUUUGCUGAACUUGGCCAUCACAGACCUCAUGCACCUAAGCAGCCUUCCAUUCUUGGUGUACAAUUAUUCAAAUCAGGAACACUGGACACUUGGAGAUUUUAUGUGCAAGCUGAUCCGAGUAAUUUUCCACUUCAAUCUUUAUGGUAGCAUUCUUUUUCUCACGUGUUUUAGUAUCUUCAGAUAUUUUGUUAUUGUUCAUCCAAUGAAAUUUCAUUCCAUCCACAAGAGAAGAUGGGCAGUUAUAGCCUGUGUGGCUGUUUGGGUAACUGCACUAAUAGAGGUACUUCCCAUGGUAAUCCUAAUGACAGAGGUACAAGAUACUGCUGCUUGUGUAGACUUUGCAGCAUCUGUUGAUGCAUAUAACCUACGAUGGUAUAAUAUCUUUCUUACCAGCAUAGGAUUUGCUUUACCCUUGGUGGUGGUGACUCUCUCUUAUACCUUCAUUAAUCGCAGCCUGGCAGAUGGACCAUAUACUAAUGAUAGCUAUAAGAAAAAAGCUCGAAGGCUUGUUGUCAUACUUUUGGUCGUUUUUUAUGCUUGCUUUUUACCAUUACAUAUUUUCAGGACAUUUCUCAUUGAAACACGGCAACAUCCAGAAGACUGUGUUUUUGAGAGGAAAAUAUUUGCCGCAUACAUAACUUCAAGGCCAAUAGCAUCUCUGAAUACAUUUGGCAACCUGUUACUCUAUGUAGCUGUAGGAGGUAAUUUCCGACAGGCCGUUCAGUCAAUUUUUAAAAUGAAAUCAAUUCCCUAUAAACAACAAGCAUAA